UGGAUGACUUGUUCAAGGAGUUUGGAAAGGAACGGUGUCUCUGGCCCUCUGAGGGCCAGGAAUCCCCGGGCCAACAUGUCCUCGGCCCUCACGGAGGAGCAGAAGAAGAAGAUCGAAGAGAACCGGCAGAAGGCCUUGGCCCGCAGAGCUGAGAAGCUGGCACAGCGCCAUCAGAGCCACGGGCCGGGACCCCCCGGCCCGGCCGCCCCCACGGCCCCGCCGCAGCGCAACGGCCGGCCGGCCCACGGGGGCCAGACCCCGGACGGCUUGAGGACCGGGACGUCCGGGCUAGCCCCUCCCUUCGGCCCGGACAACCAGCCGGCCGCAGCCGAACAGAGGCCGGGCCAGGACCGACUGGACUCGCGGACUCCGGGGACCACUGUUCCCCCGCCGUCCCCCGCGGCGGCCUCGGGCCUGGAGCCCCCCUCUCUUCCCCGGUCGGCUCCUCUGGCUAAUCCGCCCCGGUGGCCCGAGCGGGAGCCUGGCUACCGGCCUCCUGUCCCCGGCCCCGAGGCCUUCCAGGAGGAGGCGGGCGGCCGGCCCCUUGGGCCGCGCUCCGGCCCGGAGCUGGGGAGCUUGUCCGGGGGGCCGGCCGGGAUGGGGCCGGAGCCACGGUGGCCCGGGGGAUGGGGCCCGCGGGACCCGGGAGCCCCUUCCCGCCAGAGCGGGACGCGCGGGAAGUGCACCAGGAGGGCCGGGAACCGCUUCCAGGUGGAAGUCGGCUAUGACGCCAAACUCCUCGCCGUGUUCAAGAGUCUGCCCAGCAGGAUCUACGAUCCGACCACGCAGCAGUGGAACUUCAGCCUGUCCGACUACGGCGAUCUCAUGAAAGCUGUCCGGAGCCUCCCCGGGGUGUCCCUGCAACCGCUGGCGGGGCCGGACGCCACCUCCGGCAGCGUCGGGGAGCCCCGGACGGCCGUCCCCCCAGAGCCGGGCGGACCCCCUUUGGCCCGCAUCCAGGGCCGCUGCGUGCUCCUCUCCCGCAGCCGCUUCGAGGUGGACGUCGGCUACUCCGCGGAGCUGGUGGGCCUCUUUCAGCAGAUGGAGUCCAAGAACUACGAUGGGAAGACCCGCAAGUGGAACUUUCUCUUGGAAGAAUACUCGAAGCUGAUCCAGGCCGCACACGGGCUCCCGGGUGUCCGGCUGGAGCCCUUGCCCCGCCCCGUGCUCCAGGCCUUCGCCGCCCAGCUGGACAAGACGUCUCCCCGACCCGCUGACAUCCCCGAGGCUGACCUCUCCGGCGUCGACCCCCAGCUCGUCAACAGUCUCAUGCCCUUCCAGAGGGAUGGGGUCAACUUCGCCAUCGCCAAGGAAGGGCGCUUGCUCCUCGCGGACGACAUGGGCCUGGGUAAGACCAUCCAGGCCAUCUGCAUCGCUGCAUACUACCGGGAAGAAUGGCCACUGCUCGUGGUGACCCCGUCAUCCGUGCGCUUCACCUGGGAGCAGGCCUUCCAGCGCUGGCUGCCCUCACUGAGCCCGGGCAGCACCAACGUCCUGGUGACGGGCAAGGACAAGCUGGCGGGCGGCCUGAUCAACAUCGUCAGCUUCGACCUCCUCAGCAAGGUGGCCAAGCCCCUCGGGACCACCUUCCGUGUGGUCAUCAUCGAUGAAUCCCAUUUCCUGAAGAACCUGAAGACGGCCCGUUGCCAAACUGCACUGCCAUUGUUGAAGGCGGCCCGGAGGGUCAUCUUGUUGUCGGGGACGCCGGCCAUGUCCCGCCCGGCGGAGCUGUACACCCAAAUCGUCGCCGUCCGGCCCGAGGCCUUCCCUCAGUUCCACUCCUUCGCACUGCGCUACUGCGACGCUAAAAAGCAACGCUGGGGCUGGGACUACUCGGGCUCCUCCCACCUCGGGGAGCUGAAAGUCCUGCUGGAAGAGACCAUCCUGCUCCGCCGCCUCAAGGCCCACGUGCUCGCCCAGUUGCCGGCCAAGCAGCGCAAAAUGGUGGUCAUGGGCCCUGCGGGGAUGAGCCCCAGGGCCAGGGCCGCCCUGGAGGCCGCCGCCUGGGACAUGGCCACCCUCAACAGGAACAAGAGGCAGCAGAAAGAAGCCCUCCUCAUCUUCUUCUCCCGCACGGCGGAAGCCAAGCUCCAGUCUGUUGUGGAAUACAUCCUGGACCUGCUGGAAAGCGGGAGAGAGAAGUUCCUGGUGUACGCUCACCACCGGCUGGUUCUGGAUGGGAUCUGUGCCGCGCUGGACAGAAAGGACGUCGGCCACAUCCGCAUCGACGGGUCCACCUCUUCGGCCGAUCGCCAGGCCCUGUGCCAAGCCUUCCAGCGGGCCACGAAGCCCACGGUGGCCGUCCUGUCCAUCACCGCCGCCAACAUGGGGCUCACGCUGUCCGCCGCCGACCUGGUGGUCUUCGCCGAGCUGUUCUGGAACCCGGGGGUGCUGAUCCAGGCCGAGGACCGCGUUCAUCGCAUCGGCCAGACCCGCUCCGUCAGCAUCCACUACCUGGUGUCCAGAGACACGGCCGACGACUACCUGUGGCCCCUGAUCCAGGAGAAGAUUAAAGUUCUCGGCCAAGCCGGGCUGUCCCACUCCAAUUUCUCCGAAACCACCGAAACCACAGGCUUCUUCUACAAGGACCCGAAGCAGAAGACGAUCUACGACCUUUUCCAGACUUCCUUCGCCGAGGAUGAGGACCCCUCGGAGGAGGCGCUCCUGCUGGAGGCGGCGGGAGCCUCCGACGUCCCAGAGGCCUCCGGAGCAGCAGGAAGUGACUCCCCGUUGCCCGGAGGCCCGCCCCAGGGGGACUCUCUCUCCGCUAGCCCCAAUAAGAGGCGGCGGAUAGAGGACUUCUUUGCCCAGUCGUGACCGCGGCAGGAAACACCUGUGAUUCUGUGAGCCAGGGACGGGACGUGAAAGAAGCCACGGACCCUGGACAUUUUAACGCGCUGUUCACGGAAUAAAGCAGGGGCUUCAAGCUCAGAGGUGGCCGUGUGCUCAGCUCGCCAGGCCUGGGUUUGGGGGGAUCAGCUUGCAGCCUGGCCCCAGUCCGGGCUAUCCCCAGCUGAGGGGGCUGGAUCCAAGCUGGAUCCCGGGACCCGAAAGGCGUGCGCGGUGCCAACUGAAGCUUUUUUGGGCAGGUUUUGGGAUGGAGGGGUGAUCUGCCUCUCUCUUCAGAAGCAGCGUGGCGUGGUGGAAGGA